UUUUUUUACACUAAUUGCUUUUACACCCAUAAAGGCUGUAAAAGCAAUCAUUUCUCCUUCUCUCUGGCUGCAUUCUUGCAGCCAUUGAGAAAUACUGUGAGAGCUGUAUUGGUCACAGCUUGUUACAUGGUACACGGUUGUUGUGAAUAGCCUUGUACCAUGUGACUUCUGUGAUCAUUCACAGAUUUCACUAGUAGUAAGCAAUGAUGUCAGCAGGUGACAUCUUGCUUACUACUAUUCAUAUGAUCACUGAUUGGCCAAUCAGUGAUCACAUGAUUGGGACCUCACACAGAGGCCCAGUACAGCGAUCAGUGUCC